AGGGCACUAGUUGUAGCUUAAGUUACUUUAACUAUAUUCGAUUAGUAGAUUGAUAUAAUUUGUUUUAGAAUAAUAGAAUUCAAUAUGUAUUUUUUGUUCGUUUUCUUAUUGGGAUAUGUGUCAGCUGGGGUGCAUGAACUUUUCGAUUGGAAUUUAAAAAUUCCUGUACUAGAUGACCAUUGGAAAAGGGACGCAAAUAAUACAGAGAACAAAGUAGAUUCUGAACUAAUAGAAGAGAUUAAACAAAGUGCCGCCGAUAAUUUAUAUUUUUUGUACACAAGGAAAAAUCCGGUUCUUCCUCAGGAUUUGUAUUAUAAUAACGUCACUUCAAUUGAAGUAUCCAAUUUCAACCCGAACGUUCCAACUGUAGUAAUUGCUCACGGUUGGACCGGCAAUCAAAACGCAAACCUCAACCCGGUACUACGAGAUGUGUUACUCAUUAAGAAUGAUAUAAACGUAAUCGUACUCGAUUGGUGCCGAUUAUCGUUUUCCAAUUACGUGACGUCAGCAUCAGGUGUACCCCUUAUCGGCCAGGGUCUCGGCACCUUCCUGGAGUUUCUGAAUAGAAAAAUUGGGAUAGCCUAUGACAAAAUGCAUCUGAUUGGACAUAGUUUGGGAGCGCAUGUCGUGGGAAUAGCCGGGCGUGAAGUAGGGGGUAAAGUAGCUAGGAUUACUGGUUUAGACCCAGCCGGUCCUCUUUGGCACUUCAACUCCUACCGAAUUACCAAAGAAGAUGCGAAAUACGUCGAAAUUAUCCACACGAACGCUGGAUUUUCAUCCCUGGGUAUCGUCUGGGAUGUGGGGCAUGUGGACUUCUACCCAAAUGGGGGGUACUCGCAGCCCGGGUGUGACACACAGCUGUGUAACCACCACAGAGCCUGGGAACUUCUAGCAGCCACGAUACUUUACGGACAUUUGUAUGGAAAAGAAUGCGAGAGCAAAAUGCAUAUGACUCUUGAUAUUUGUGAAGGAAAACAGUUUAUUAUGGGCACGGAUGAUUUGAAGAAAUCUGGAUCUGGAAUUUAUCGGCUAAAUACUGACAUGUAUUACCCAUACAAAACAAUCUAAAUAUGAUCAACUCGGCAAUUUAAUUAACAUAAAUAUCAGUCUUUAUUGUUUUCAAUAUAUUUUUACAAACUU